AAACGUGGCGGUCGGCGAUACCGUAAGCUGAAAGAGCGUUUGGGCAUGACUGAACUCCGUCGAACAGCCAACCGCAUCCAGUUCGGUGAAGUGUCUGAGGAUGCCUACCAGUCUGAUCUGGGCUUCUCCAUGGGCUCAUUGGGACAGCGUGGCGUGGCAGGCCAUCUGCGUGCUCCACAAGCUGACUCGAAGACCAAGGCUAGAGUGAGCAAGGCGUUGCAGCAGAAACUGGCGCGUUAUGGUGGCCUUUCGACGAUGCCAACAACCUCCUUAGCGGCUACCGCUUGGGGUGGCAAGUCGACAGUUGGUGGUCGGGGGCAUGAAUCAUCCGUGGGUACCGCCUCCUCGGUCACCUUUACUCCCCUCCAGGGUCUGGAAAUAGUCAAUCCAAUGGCGUCGGAACGGCAGGUGGACGAACACAAGAAGUAUUUCAGUGCCACAGCCGGCUUUGUCAAUGUCAAGGGCAAGAUGCCUCCGCCCGCCACCUCCCCUAACGAAAUUGCGCAAAAUCACACGUCAAAAAUGCAGGAAUAA